GGAAGUAAGGAUCGUGUGGUGCGGUGCACAGAAUUAGAAAGAGAGGGGUGGUGUCGGCUUGAACCAAACACGACCUUAUCGGCGAUCCAAUUCCUAAACCCUACCCGCAAUUCUGCUGCUCGCUGGAGUGGAUCCAUCCCAGUUAGGGCAAAUUCCUCUCUUCGACAUGGCUUCCGCUGCGCCAGGUGCAACCAAUGAUGCACUGUACAAGGAAUUGUGGCAUGCCUGUGCUGGUCCUCUUGUCACUCUUCCGUGUGAAGGGGAGAGAGUUUAUUACUUCCCGCAAGGUCAUAUGGAACAGCUCGAGGCAUCUAUGAAUCAGGGAUUGGAGCAGCAAAUGCCUUCCUUUAAUCUGCCUUCUAAAAUAUUAUGUAAAGUCGUCAAUGUUCAUCUUCGAGCUGAACCUGAAACAGAUGAAGUAUAUGCUCAAAUAACUUUGCUUCCUGAAGCAGAUCAAAAUGAGGUGAUGAGUCCUGACGAUCCUCUGCCCGAACCUGCAAGAUGUACAGUCCAUUCAUUUUGCAAGACACUCACUGCUUCUGACACUAGCACUCAUGGAGGUUUCUCCGUUCUUCGGAGACAUGCAGAUGAUUGUCUGCCACCACUGGAUAUGACUCAGCAGCCACCCUGGCAAGAAUUGGUUGCAACUGAUCUGCAUGGGAAUGAAUGGCAUUUUAGGCAUAUCUUUCGAGGGCAACCCAGACGCCACUUACUGACCACUGGGUGGAGUGUCUUUGUCAGUUCCAAAAAAUUAGUGGCUGGUGAUGCAUUUAUAUUCUUAAGAGGUGAAAAUGGAGAAUUGCGAGUUGGAGUUAGGAGGCUCAUGAGACAGCAAAACAACAUGCCAUCUUCUGUUAUAUCCAGCCACAGUAUGCAUCUGGGUGUUCUGGCCACUGCUUCUCAUGCCAUUGCCACUGGAACAUUGUUUUCUGUAUUUUAUAAGCCCAGAACAAGCCGGUCUGAGUUUAUUGUGAGUGUCAACAAGUAUCUUGAAGCUCAAAGUCAUAAACUUUCUGUUGGGAUGAGAUUCAAAAUGAGAUUCGAGGGCGAUGAAGUUCCUGAAAGAAGGUUCAGUGGUACAAUUGUGGGUGUUGGAGAUAAUAAAUCGUCAGUCUGGGCUGAUUCUGAGUGGCGAUCAUUAAAGGUUCAAUGGGAUGAACCAUCAUCUAUUUUGCGUCCUGAUAGAGUUUCUUCAUGGGAAUUGGAGCCACUUGUGUCUACCCCUCCUACAAACUCCCAGCCAUCCCAAAGAAACAAGAGGUCACGACCUCCCAUUCUAUCUUCAACAAUGCCUGAUUCUUCUCUGCAAGGCGUAUGGAAAUCACCAGUUGAAUCUGCACCUUUCUCUUAUCGUGACCAUCAACAUGGCCGAGAUGUCUAUUCAUCACCCAAAUUCAAUUCGACUGCAACUGGAUUUCUUGGUUUUGGUGGGAAUUGCUCUGCUUCCAACAAGUCAAUAUAUUGGUCUAGUAGGAUGGAAAAUUCUACAGAAUCUUUUUCACCUGUAGCACUUCAAGAAUCUGGAGAGAAGAGACAAGGAACUGGAAAUGGCUGUAGGCUCUUUGGGAUUCAGUUACUCGAGAAUUCUAAUGAAGAAAGUCUACCAAUGGUUACCUUAUCAGGAAGGGUGGGUGAUGAUGGCCCCCUCCCAUCUUUGGAUGCUGAGUCUGACCAGCAUUCUGAACCAUCAAAUGUUAAUCGAUCUGAUAUCCCUUCAGUAAGCUGUGAUGCUGAAAAGUCAUGCCUGCGGUCUCCUCAGGAGUCACAGAGCAGGCAAAUAAGAAGCUGCACAAAGGUUCAUAUGCAAGGUAUGGCUGUUGGAAGGGCUGUGGAUUUAACACGGUUUGAUGGAUAUGAGGAUCUGCUGAGAAAAUUGGAAGAGAUGUUUGACAUCAAGGGUGAGCUAUGUGGAUCCACAAAAAAAUGGCAGGUCGUGUACACUGAUAAUGAAGAUGAUAUGAUGAUGGUUGGGGAUGAUCCAUGGCUUGAAUUUUGUAGCAUAGUGAGGAAAAUUUUUAUCUACACUGCAGAGGAGGUGAAGAAGCUUUCACCCAAAAUAGGAAUUCCAAUCAAUGAAGAAGUUAAACCUAGCAAAAUGGAUUCUGAAGCAGUUGUCAAUCCUGAGGAUCAGUCAUCUAUUGUGGGGCCUGAUUGCUGAUGUUCUUGGUCUUCCAAUAUUUUAGCUUUUAUAUACAAGAUAUUGGCAUGAAAGUAGGAUGUAGAACGUGAGAGAAACGAGAAUCAACCUGACAAGCAUUUCAUCAUGGCCUGUAGGAGCAUAUAGUUGGUGUGUUAUGCAUCAAUACAGGAGCAACAUGAUAGCACCAAAGCGGAUGGCUGGUGUCAUAUAAUGCUGUUUGAUCCACCUUGAAAGAUAGGCUUGGGGGUAUUGUGGCUUUUCUAUUUCUCUCGUAGCUCCGUUUUCACCUAGUCUCAAGGCCCUUGCUUGUUCAGUUUUAUAUGGGCUUGGAGCAUGAAGAAACGUCUUUCGGUUAAGUAUCUUACUGUGCAUUUUUUUUUGGCUAUAUUGUAAUUCACUUGAUGUGAUCAUCUUAUUUCUGUAUAUAUAACUUUUAUUAUAUACAUACUAUUUAAUGUAUGUAUACCGAGCCAUUUUUUUCUUUCUA